AUGGCUAACCCCAUCACCCACUUCCUGUCGCGCAUUUUCAGGAGCAAGGAUUUGGUGACAUUAAAUGUGUUGGUGGCUCUGGGCACCACGGGGGGCCAGGAGCUCUUCUCCUUGUUGGCCUUCCAGUGCCCGUGCUCACCAGUUCGGAACUUCCGGUAUGGGUUAAUGGCCAGCUUGGGGCCCGCCUUGUUGCUCUUCUUCAUCAGCAUCAUCCUCAACAACCAAACCAGGAACUUGGUGGAUGGGUGCAGGUGUUUCAGGACCAAGAAAUUCCCAUGCAUCCUAUAUUCCAUCGUGGGCCGCGCAGCCGUGGCCCCCCUCACCUGGUCUUUCAUCUCCCUGCUGCGAGGGGACGCCUACGUCUGCGCAUUCAGCGAGUUUGUGGACCCGUCCUCGCUCACGGCUGAGAACGAGAGCUUCCCUCUCUCCCACACCACGCAGAUCCUGGCCAUGUUCCCUUGCGGGGAGAGCCCUGAGAACCUGUCUGGGUUCCGGGAGGAGGUGAGCCGCAGGCUCAAGUUUGAGUCUCAGCUCUUCGGGUGGCUGCUCAUCGGCUCGGUGGCCAUCCUGGUGUUCCUGACCAAGUGCCUCAAGCACUGCUGCUCCCCGCUCCGCUACCGCCAGGAGGCAUACUGGGCCCGCUACCGCGCCAACGAGGACCAGCUCUUCCAGCACACGGCCGAGGUGCACUCACGCGUGCUGGCGGCCAGCAACGUGCAGCGCUUCUUCGGCUUCGUGGCGCUCAACAAGGAGGAUGAGGAGCUGGUGGCCAAGUUCCCCGUCCAGGGCACACAGCCGCGGCCACAGUGGAACGCCAUCACCGGCGUCUACCUGUACCGGGAGAACCUGGGCCUCCCCCUCCACAGCCGCCUGCACAAGUGGGCCCAGGGUCUGAGUGGGAAAGGCACGGCCCCCGACAUGGAGGUGGCCCUGCUGGCCCCCUGA